AUGGGUAACAAAACCCUUGCAAAAUCGCUGUCCUCGGGGAACCCUGUUAGCGCGGAGAUCGAGGAUCUCGCCAACGCUCAGGAUGCCAACGCUUUUGAGCACAACUUGACAUUCCUUCAGGCGCUCAGAUUAUAUCCAACAGGAGUCAUAUGGAGUAUCGUCAUGUCAACCGCAGUCAUUAUGGAAGGCUACGACACGAAGCUGAUUGGAACUCUCUACGCUCAACCAGCCUUCCAGAAGGCUUUCGGAAAUCUUGUUAAGGGAGACAAGUAUCAGAUAUCGGCACCGUGGCAGGCCGGACUGAGCAAUGGCUCCAUUAUUGGUCAACUCGCAGGCUUGCUCCUUGCAGGCUAUUUCUGCGAGCGAUAUGGAUUUCGCGCAAGCAUGAUGUGGGGUCUCCUAAUCACCAUCGCUUUCGUAUUUAUUACUUUCUUUGCUAAGUCACUUGUGGUUCUUUUGAUUGGCCAAAUACUAUUUGGAAUUCCCCUGGGCUUCUUCCAGACCAUCACCGUCAUCUACGCCCUCGAGAUCACACCGAUGUGUCUGCGGGCCUACCUGACUAAUUAUGUCAACCUCUGCUGGUUCUUUGGUCAAAUCACAUGUAUUGGCGUCCUACGUGGUCUCCUGAGUCGAGAAGAUGAAUGGGCUUAUCGCAUUGCCUUUGCUGUACAGUGGGUUUGGCCAGUCAUUUUGAUACCCAUUGUGUACUUCGCCCCAGAAUCGCCCUGGUGGCUUGUGCGUAAGGGCCGUGUGGAAGAAGCUCGAAUGAUUGUCAAACGCCUGACAUCCCCCAAGAACCUUCAAUUCGACAUUGACAAGAAUGUUGCUCUAAUGAUAGUCACCACUGAGCACGAGCGGGCUUUGGAUGGAAGAACAUCAUACCGCGCCUGCUUUUCGAAGGUAAACCUUACCAGGACCCUCAUAGUCAUGGGCAUCUACUGCAUCCAAAUCUUCAGCGGAAAUCCCCUCCGCGGAUCCUCGACGUACUUUCUCGAGCAAGCUGGCCUAUCCACUACUCAAUCCUUCAAUAUGGCUAUUGUCGGCUACGCAGUCGCCAUAGUCGGCAGCUUCUUUUCAGUAAACGGUCUGAUACUGAUGUUUGCCCUCAUGAUCAUCAUCGGGGCUCUGGGCGUCCCACAAGCGAUGCUACCUGAUUCUGGUUACUCGUGGGCGAUCGGCUCCAUCCUGAUCGUCUCAUCCUUCCUGUACAGCUGUACUAUUGGUCCACUGACCAACACGCUGUGCUCGGAGAUCCCGUCGGCGCUCCUACGCAGCAAGUCGAUCGUGCUUGCGCGCUGGGUGUACACGCUCACCAACAUCAUCGUCUCAGUCCUGAACUCUUACAUGCUCAAUCCCACCGCUUGGGACUGGUCUGCCAGGGCCGGCUUCUUCUGGGGCGGCUGGUGUUUCAUUGCUCUCAUCUUCGCCCUUUUCCGCAUCCCGGAGACCAAGGAUCGCACUACUGCCGAAUUGGAUAUCCUCUUUGAGCGGAAAAUCACCCCGCGUGCCUUUUCUAAGAAUCCUGUGGAUCUUACUGCGGCGAUCGAGGCUACGGAAGACAAAGCUGUUUGA